GCUUAAAUAUAUAAAACAUUAUUCAAUUAUCCACUGAAUACUCUGAAAAUUUUUAUUAAUUGCAAAAAAAAAAUAAAAUUUUUUUAUCUCCUAAUAUAGGUUAUACUUGUACAUGAUAUAAAAAAAACCAUAAAUGAUGGUAUUUUCGGCCAUCAUAGUUAAGAUGGAAUUGUGCAUCUUACAGUAUAUUUCUCGAAAUAUCGUACAAUUUACUAUUUAAACAAUAUUACCUUGAUUAUUAAUUAUUAUAUCAGUGUGUUAACAUGCGAAACGCAAUCAAACAAAAAGUAAUUUACUCGAUCAAUAUAUUAAACUAAAUAAAUAUUCGUUAAUCGGUAUGUUUAUUUGUAUACAAGGUUUAUACUCAUUGAGUUCGUCUAAAACAUUUACACACAAUUAGCAUUUUUUGUUUAUUAUUAGUUACGUAAUAGUUUAUUAUUGUCUCCUUAUUUUCUCUUAUAAUUAUCUAGGGUACAUUCAGGUUAAAAAAUAGGAUGUCGCAUUAAGUUGUAAGUAUGUCAUUAAGUUUUUGGAAAAUAAAUAGCUGUGAUGGAUGAUGUAGAUACCACAGUAUUUUAUGAUGAUGAAAAUGACUUCAUUGGACUUGGUUAUCAUCAUGGUCAAGAAUACGAUUACGAAUACGAAGAUGCAGAAGGAGAAACACUAUCAGAACUCUAUCAAUAUUGUCUUGCACCUACGCUGUAUGAUACAGGAUUUUAUAUGUUGCCUUUGUUUCUUGCAAUGUUUAUUUUUCGAUUUAUAUCUCAAAUGCAAUCUAUUUCUGAUAGAUUAUUUCAUGGAUUUUCGCUGGUUAUUGGAAUAUGUAUUAUUCAACAUUAUGCGCAAGAAUGUUUAUUUUUAUUAGUACUAUUUGUUAUACUUUCUUAUAUUACCUUAUAUAUACCAAAGAAGUAUUACAAAGACAUAGGAGUCUUUUUGCCAUCACUUUUUAUAAUUGCACAUUGCGAAUUUUAUAUGAAACCUAUAAUCUGGCAUAAAGUACGAAGUAUAAUUAUGACAAUGGCAAUGAAAACUAUUAGUGUUGCUGCAGAUAGCAUUGAAUCUAACAACAUACCAGAUUUUUACAGUUAUAUGGGAUAUAUGUUUUGUGCAGCUACUUCAUUCUUUGGCCCAUGGGUUCCAUUGAAAGAUUAUUUGGCCUUACGCCGGCCAAGUCAGCAAGGAAAAUGGUGGUUAUUGAUUGUAAUUGGAUAUACUUUUGGUUCAUUCCUUUUUCUAAGUAUGUCAAACUGUUGGAUACAAUGGAUACUUCCAGACAAUUCAUGGAAGUGGCUAAUAGCUUAUAGAGAUGCAUUAGCUUUCAGAACAUCCCAUUAUUUUAUCUCAUAUAUGGCAUCAGCUAUAUUAUUCUUAGGAGGAUAUCCAUUUUCAUUAAUAUCCAUUGUUAAACCAUUAGAAAUUGAACUACCACGUUCACUCGUUCAAGUUGUUGUAUAUUGGAAUAUACCAAUGCAUUUUUGGUUAAAAAAAUAUAUAUUCCGUCCAAGUCUCAAGUAUUUAGGAAAAUUUGGAGCUGUAACUAUUACGUAUUUAACGAGUUCUCUUCUACAUGGAUUAAAUUUUCAAUUGGGAGCAGUAUUAUUGAGUCUUGGUUUAUAUACAUAUGUAGAGCAUCAACUUAGAAUGAUGCUUGCUAAUAUUUUUGACGCAUGUAUUGGGUCAAAAGAAUGUACCCAAAAUAAGUGUACUCACUUACAUAACUCUUAUAAUUGUUGGGUUAUUGUGACAAAUAUAAUGUUUACAGUAUUAACAAUUUUUCAUUUAGCUUAUUUGGGUCUUAUGUUUGAUACUUCAGAGUUACAAGAAACAGGAUAUAGUUAUAUUCAUACUAUUGAAAAAUGGUCUCAACUUGGAUUUGCUAGCCACUGGGUAGCAUUGGCUACAUAUUGUAUAUAUUUUUUAAUACGAUAAAUACUGAUAUAUCUUAUAUAUUCUCACAUCUUUAAAACAUUUUGUACACAACAAUUUUUUAUAAGAUCUCUAAUAAAAUUUUUAGAAAAAUA